CUCUGAAUGUACUUACAUUAUCAAAUCUCUGUCUUAUAGUUACAGUUGCUGUCAGGAUUCUCCGGCUCUCGGUACCACACUCGGUAGAAAACGGGACAGAUCACGUGAUUUUAGACUGCGAGUACAACUAUAGUGUCAGUGAUCUCCGCUUGGUGGUAAAGUGGUUCUAUAAUGAAAACUUAGAGCCCAUCUAUCAGUGGAUUCCAAAGCUAAACGCACGACAUAUAUCCGAAAUGUUGUUAGGUAGACUGAAUCUUUCCUACAAAGUGAAUUCUCCCGAUCCUUACUUCCAGUACAGAGCCCUCUAUCUUCUACGUCCAACGCUGGACAUAGCAGGAAAAUACACGUGCCAGGUGAUGUCCCUCGCUGGUCAUGAUCAACGUCAUCAAGUAAUGAUGGUUUAUGCUCCAGCGAAGAGGUUUUCCCUCUCUCAAACCGAAGUUUCUAGUUCGGAUGUGGGAGUGUCUUGUGAAGCUGUGGGACUAUAUCCCCGACCUGAGAUCUCUCUCAAACUAAUCUUCCCCCAAACCUCAAAACAGUUGUUGUUACAGGAAUCUAAAAAAUACGUGAAUAUCACGAGAUCACUUUAUUCCAUCUGGCUCAGUGGAUGGUUUCGUGAGGAUGAUCUACCAGAGACAAAUAAGAUUGUUGUGGAGUGCGAAGUUUCUAUUCCAGGGACCGAUUACAAAGUGUCCAAGGAAAUAUCCUUUUACACAGGACUUACUACAUCAAACAGAGGUGAGGAAAUAAAUCCUACUUUUACUUCAUCUUAA